AUGGGCCAUGAGAAUCAAAGUGUGGUGAUGGAAUUCAUCUUCAUAGGAUUUUCCAGUUUCCCAGACUUGCAAGUCCUGCUGUUUGUGGUCUUCUCCCUCAUGUACUUGGCCAUUUUGGCUGGGAAUAUCAUCAUCAUCGCAACAAUAAAGUGUGACUCCAGCCUCCACAACCCCAUGUACUUCUUCUUGGCCAUCCUUUCUGGUUCAGAAAUCUGCUACACAAUCACCAUCAUCCCCAAUAUGCUUGUAAAUCUUCUAAGAGAAAAGGCAACUAUUUCCUUCAUUGGUUGUGCUGUCCAGAUGUGUUUGUUCCUGGGCUUUGCUUGCACAGACUGCAUGCUUCUCACAGUGAUGGGGUAUGACCGAUAUGUGUCCAUAUGUAAACCUUUACAUUAUCCAGUUCUGAUGAAUCCGAGAUUUUGCACUAAACUGGUGGUCUUCUCAGUAUCGACUGGUUUUCUCUUUUCUACAGUGGAGACAUAUUUUAUAUUUACCUUGCCAUUCUGUGGGCCGGAUAAAAUCAAUCACUUCUUUUGUGAUUUAGCACCUUUACUUGAGUUGGCUUGUGGCCGAAAUUAUAUAGGGGAAAUUGUCAUUUUUGUCAUUUGUUUCUUGGUGGUAGUUUUCUCAUUCCUUCUGGUCAUUCUCUCGUAUCUUUUAAUCUUAAACACAAUCCUGAAAAUCCCCACAACAGAGGGCAAGCGCAAAGCCUUUUCAACUUGUGCCUCUCACCUCAUUGUGGUGGUUGUGCACUUUGUUUGUGCUUCCAUUAUUUACCUGAGACCUCAGUCCAGGUACACUUUGAAUGAGGACACCUUGAUCUCCGUCACAUACACCCUGGUGACCCCACUGCUGAAUCCUGUUGUUUAUACCUUGAGGAACAAGGAUGUCCGAGUAGCACUCAAGAAAUCUCUGGGCAGGAGCACAUGCGUCUGGAAGAUUUAA